AUGACAUAUGAAAUAACAUCGUGUGCGGUGUUUGGAAAAAGGACCAAACACCAACAUGUGUUUAAAACAGCAAUGGAGGAAAUAGUGAGUUUGUUAGGAGGGUUUUGUAUUGCAGAUUUGUAUCCUUCUAUUAAAGUAUUGCUUCAGAGGGUGAGUAGGGGAAAGACUAGAUUUGAAAAACUUUGUAGAGAUACUGAUAGGAUAUUGCAAGAUAUCAUCAAAGAUCACAAAAGCAAUUACAGAGAUGAAGAUCUAGUUGAUGUUCUUCUCAAGUUACAACAGGAUAAUCAUUUGACUGACGACAACAUUAAAGCAGUCAUCCAGGACUUGUUCAGUGCUGCUGGUAUUGUUUUAUGGGCGAUGUCUGAGAUGGUAAAGAAUCCAAAGGUGAUGGAAGAAGCACAAGCUGAGAUAAGAAGAGUGUUUGAUAAAAAAGGGGUUGCUGUCAAUGUUUGGGCGCUUGGAAGAGAUCCAAGGUAUUGGGUUGAAGCUGAAAGUUUUAAACCUGAAAGGUUUGUUAAUAGUCCACUUGAUUUCAAAGGCACCGACUUUGAAUACAUACCAUUUGGUGCUGGAAGGAGGAUAUGUCCAGAACUUGACAUGAGCGAGUCAUUUGGAUUUUCUCUUAGAAGAAAAAAUGACCUUUGUUUGAUUCCUAUUACUCGUCGUCCUUAA